AUGCCCGACUUUGGCUCCAUCGUCAAGGGCGGGUGGCAUCCCGAGAAGAAGGGCACCACCUUCAAGGGCCAGAUGAAAGGCCUCGUGGGAAGAGGCGACAAGGAUAAGGACGAAGAGCGUGCCAAUCACGUCUCGAGACCCAUCGCCUCCCUGCGAGAUCCAGCCUCCUUUGCUCCUCCUCCCAAGCGCACCGCAGACCAGCCUCUGCCGCCGCCCAUCUCCCGCACGAGCACAGCAUCCUCUGCCGCCGCCGGACCCCCGUCCUACAACGACUCGAACCGCUAUGCUACCCAGCAGCAGCAGCAGUAUGGCGCCGUUGCCGAGGAGGAGGACGACACGCCAGCCCCUCCGAAGCCCUACCGGGUUGACACGACCGGCCUCUCGACGUCCCAUCUGCCGCCGCCUCCCAAAAUGAAGAACAUGGGCAUCGCGCCGCCGCCGACCCCUCCCUCCGCCGCCUCCGCCGCCAGGGCCCCGCCGCCGAGCUUGCCGCCGAGGUUACCACCCCGCACCCCCUCGGCCUCGACGACACCCAUCCAGAGCCCCGCGCCUACCGGCGGCUCCUCCAACGCGGCGAGCGGCGGUGGCGGCUACCUCAACCAAGGUGCCAUGAACCGUCUCGGCGCAGCCGGCGUCUCCAUCCUCCUCUCCAGCCGCCCCGGCCCCAGCACCGGCAAUGGGCCGCCGCGCCAUCGCCCACCCCGGCCCCCGCCGCCUCGCACAUGA